AGUUAACGUCAUCGUGCCCGGUGACUUUCCGGGGUACGACGCUGUGCCUCUGUUCCGCUCGGGCGAUUUAAAUACGGACUGGCUUUGCUCCUUUUUAAAGUGUUCAAUCAUUCAGAUUUAUUAGUAUUCAUUGAAUCUGGGGGGCUUGCUAUCCUCACGUCCUCACAUACAUAAAUACAUACUACCUUGCCCUACUCUACAUUACAUCCUCUACACUCUACCGCCCAUCAUGUCGAAGAGCCGCACCCCUCUCUACUUGGGUCUCGGUCUGGCCGGUGCCGGAGGCUACUACCUGUACAGAGCUGGUGGUGAUCCCCAGAGGGCCAAGAAUGAGGUGAAGCACGAUGCUGAGCGGGCACGCAGCAGGAUCCCCACGGGACCCGAAGCUGAAAAGAUUGGAGAGAAAGUUGGAUCGGAAGCUGGCGCCAGCAUUGAUGAAGCUGUCAACAACGCCAAGGACCUGGCACGAAGCAAUGGAGACAAUAUCAGACAGUAUGCCAAUGAGGGUAUUGACAAGAUCGAUCAGAUCCGUCAGGAUACCGCCAAGAAGCUAGGCACGAGUGUCGACAAGCUCGACAGGACUGUGGAGAACAAGGCGUCUGAGGCUAAGAGUACCCUGUCCAGCUGGUUUGGAGGUAGUAGCAAGUAAAAGGAUAAGGGAAAAUAGGUAAAAUGGCAGGGCGAUAAUAAUAAUAACUUGACUGGGUUUUCCUGAUUGGGAAAAAAAGCCUAGUCGAGCGAGUCCUUUGGGCGGACCGUUGCCAUGGGAUCUCUUUUUGGAUUCUUAAUUUGUGGAUCAUGAUCGAAAUGUCUGUCUGUAUUGUAAUGUUGGAACGUUGAGCUAUGAAUGCGAUGCUUUUCUUUUUCAUGAUUAUUUCCAGAGCCUGCUCCCGCUCCCCAAGGGCUCUUUUUCUAGAUGUUCACAUCGUGAGCAUGGAUUCGUAAAACCAUACCAACACGACCGUGACCAUUUAAAUACACUCGAUCGAUGUCAAUUAAUAUACCUCGAGUCGCUUGAAAAGGAGCUGUAUGUAGCGCGGGCUAGAUAUCAUACUCCACAUUCCGACAACCGUCGUAAAAUUGCCGUGGCGAUGCCGCACUAAGACGCCUCGGAACAUUCCUCCCAACUCCGCUUGUCGUAGGAACGA